AUGACCUUGGCGCAAGACGUUCAGGAUCAUGGGGCUGCUUCACUCCGAUCAAGUGCGCCUAAGUUACUUAAACCGUUCAAUACUCAGGACUUCAAGAUCCUGUUGUUGGAAAAUGUCAAUCAGACGGGGCAGGAUCUCCUCAGGGACCAAGGCUACCAGGUGGAGUCCCUCAAGACAUCGCUGCCUGAGGAUCAGCUUAUCGAAAAGAUUCGCGACGUCCAAGUCAUCGGCGUCCGCUCCAAGACCAAACUGACCAAGCGCGUCGACCUCGACUACGCCGCGGCUCAUGGCAUUGCCGUGUUCAACUCACCCUUUGCAAACUCGCGUAGUGUUGCUGAGCUCGUCGUUGCUGAAACCAUCGCUCUUGCCCGCCAGCUUGGUGACCGGUCCAACGAGAUGCAUCGCGGUACUUGGAACAAGGUCAAUGCCAAGUGCUGGGAAGUUCGAGGCAAAACGCUCGGUAUCGUUGGGUACGGCCACAUUGGUUCUCAAAUUUCAGUUCUGGCCGAGGCGCUGGGUAUGGCUGUCAUAUAUUACGAUGCUGUGACCCUGAUGGCAUUGGGUACUUCACGACAAAUGCCCACGCUUGAUGUCCUUCUUCAAGAGGCCGACUUCGUCACCCUUCACGUGCCCGACCUCCCGGAAACGAGGGGCAUGGUUUCCACCGCCCAGCUUGAUUGCAUGAAAGACGGGGCGUACCUGAUCAACGCCAGUCGUGGGAGCGUAGUAGACAUACCUGCUCUCGUCAAUGCCAUGCGCUCCCGCAAACUUGCUGGCGCCGCACUUGACGUGUAUCCUAGUGAGCCAGCACAAAAUGGCGACUACUUCAACGGCAACUUAAACUCGUGGAUCUAUGACCUCAGGGGCCUCAACAACAUCAUUCUGACGCCUCAUGUUGGUCGCAAUACCGAAGAAGCACAAAGAGCCAUUGGCAUCGAAGUUGGAGGCGCCCUCGUGCGCUAUAUUAAUCAGGGCAUCACCCUGGGCAGCGUCAAUCUACCAGACCUUCAGCUUCGCUCGUUGACCUUAGAUGAACCAGACCAUGUGCGGAUUAUCUAUAUCCAUCGCAAUUUCCCUGGCGUUCUACGCAGAGUAAAUGAGAUUCUUGGUGAUCAUAACGUCGAUAAGCAAAUCAGCGACAGCAAAGGCGAUAUGGCAUACUUGGUUGCUGAUGUUAGCGAUGUACGCUGCAAAGAGAUCAACAAUAUUUACGAGAGUCUCAGGGUUCUCAGCUCUUGUGUCAAGACACGUGUCCUCUAUUGA